AUGGACAACCUCAAGACUACGAUCAGUGACUUUUCACAAUGGCUCGACGUCCGAAGCCUGGUGGCGAUGGCUCUCCUUAGCUACCUCAUUCUCGUCCGGAACCUCCGGUACAGGCGAAUGAAGAGCAUCGAAGCACCGUUCACCGUCGACAACCGCGCCUUGUCAAGCAUGACCGUUGAGGAAGCCACCAAAAUUAUCAACAAUCUCCAACGUCUUGAGUUUCCCAGCGCAUUCGCCAAGGCACGGAGAAUGGCUCUUCUCAAGGCCGGCGGAAUUCCAACAAUGUCCAAGCUAUUCGCUGUGACGGGCCAAAAUACCAGAAAAAAUGCCGGCAAACGCGCCGUUGACACCGAGAUCCUGCUCCGUGAAAUGCAGACAAAUCCACGCUGCUCAGAGCGAUACUCCCUCGCCGUCGCACGUGUCAAUUACCUUCAUUCACGGUACCGCCGUGUUGACAAGAUUUUUGACGCAGACAUGCUGCAUACACUAGGCGAUGGGCUUGGCGAGAUCCUCCAUGUCGUGGAUCGCGAUGAGUGGCGAGCGCUUACGGAUGUGGAACGGUGCGCACUCGGCAUUUUCCACCGAAAUCUUGGCGAGGACAUGUACAUCCCGUUUGAUGCGCUGCCUUCGGCUGCUGAAGGGUGGAAAGACGGGCUACAUUUUGCUGAAGAGCUCCACGAUUGGACGAUCGACUACGAGGCGAAGGUCGCGAAGCUCACGUCGACGAAUGACCAGUACGUCAGGGUCUACGUUGACUCUGCGUUCUUGUCGCUACCGGCCUUUGUCCGAAUGACGGUGAGGAAGAUACUAGGUUUCGACCUGGACGACGUGAUGAGGACGAGUCUCGGACUCGAAGCCCCUGGAAAAAUCCUCCGAACGACUCUAGUUCUCGUUCGAGAAGCCCGCAAAGCAAUGCUUCGGUACCUCGCUCUCCCCCGCCCGUCAUGCCUCGCUGUAAACAUCGUGCAGGAGAAACUAAACCCCAAAACGGGGACGUACAAUUUCGAGCAAUUCGGCCUUCAACCAUGGUACAUGAAGCCCACACUAUGGUCUGUUUGGGGUCCUUCGGCUUUGCUCCUCCGCGCGCUGGGGGCAAGGCCGCCCGGCUACCGCGGCGAUCGAUUCAAGCCGCAAGGCUACGAUCUGAGGCGCAUCGGCCCGGAACCCCAGUUCGGCAAGGGACUGGAGGACAUGGAGGUCGAUAUGCAGGAAAUGAUGGCGAGGAGGACAGCUUGCCCUUUCUCGCAGAGGAAGGCUACUCCCAAGUCUGCUUCACUGGAAGCUUCCACUUUCACAUGCAACUCGCAUCUUCCCUGCAAAAUCCAGAGCACCAAGGAGACAGAGAACACCAAGAGUGGUAUCGCACCGAUGCUCCAUCUCCCUCCCCGUCUUCGACACCGUGUCUACCUGCACACUGAAUUGCUUGCACGAUAUGAAGAUGGGAAUUAUGCCGUGCUUAAUUUGGACGGAGGCACUCAAGUGCCUUCGAGAUUCGGCUAUUUCCCUGAAGAGAAGUUCGGCCUCCUCCUUUCCUGCCGGACGAUAUACGCGGAGGCAUCUGCCCUGCUUUACCGCCAUAACAGAUUUAUCAUCCGGUACUGGGAGAAGCGAUCCCUGGCACCUCUCCGGAAUUUAACACCGUCAUCGAUUUCCAACCUUACAUACCUCAAGAUCGUCCUAAACCAAGCCUCGUGCCACCACAAGGGCCCUAAGGUGUGGCAUGAAGACAGCAUGGAUAUUUGCGACGAUGAGCGAGUCCGCAAUAUAGGCGACGGGGAUGGAGACCAUCGAGUCCCUGAUCCUAAAUCAUGCAACGCUCCCCUUGAAGUCGGUCAGCCGGAAGCGAAGGCUUUGUAUGCCGAGUGGCAUUCCACCGUGGAGUACCUGUCAUCCUACAUCACCCCUGAAAGCCUCGAGCUGAGUGUGGUCUGCGACGUGCACCACGGCGACGUAGAGGCAGCUAUGCGCGCAGUCGAGCCGAUGGGCCUCUUGCCGGCUUUGAGAAAUUGCCAUGUCCGACUGUCCAGGAAGUUCACACCUCAGCUCUACCAGAUCGCACAGGAUACAGUGCUCCAAGCGCGUCGCAUUUCCAAGCCACCACUCCCAGCAAGCCUCCCAGGCGCAACAGCACUGGUGCAGCCUGAGAAAGCCCCCCUCUCCGAGCUCCAGGUGGAGAGUCGUCUCCUCGCCCUGCCCCGCGAGCUGCGCUUCCGCAUUUUGGAAUAUACAGACCUCAUCACACCAUGGAAAGAAGUCGAUUGGAGCCGCUACCCAAGCAACAGGGCCAAGUACAUGGCUCUUCACCCAGUCUGCUUGAAUACGGAAGGGAUGCCAUGCAGGCCAAGGAUGCACCACGGCUGCCGUUUCUUCAACUGCUGGGCGGCCACUGAGCAGCAGCAGCGGUCGACUGUGGGGUGCUUUUGCCGCGUCAGGCACUCUGCUGCCUCGUCGACUUGUAUCUGUUGGACGCCGCCGUCCGCCUUGUUCCUGGUUUGUCACGCCCUGUUCAAUGACGCUCAUGUGGUCUUUUUCUCUGGUAAUCGCUUUGUUGUGCAUGACUACCAGGGUGACAUCCCUUACAAGACGCCUGAAUCUCCUGCGCCAAUACACCGAGAUGUAGGUGAGGGCAGAAGUGCAACUUCCAAGUAUCAUUCUGAUCGGCUCGCCGCAAGCGUAUUCUUACGCGAAGUCGUACCGCCUCAGAUGCUCCAGGAGAUUCAUUUUUUGGAGCUGGUGUUCCCGCCCUACAGCCACAUAGGUUGGCCUGAGGAGGGCCACCCCGCGUUGGCUGACUGGGCCGAGACACUCCGCUGGGCCAGGAAGAAGAUGAACCUUCGCGGCCUGACGCUGCGUCUCGUCAUGGCAGAUUCACCCAAUGGGUCGUCCGCGCCGCCUGGCCGAGGGAGCAUCACCGCCGACCAGGUAGAAGAGAUUUUGUCGGCAUACCGCCGUAUCAUAUCGCCUCUUGCAGUCUUAGCUCAAUCCAAAGUCGGUGAUGAGAAUGGUGGGGAUGAAAAUGAGCUCCGCAAGUUUCACGCCCGUAUCGCGUGGCCAUGGGCCUGGAACUUUGAUUACAAGGCAAAGAUUGACGAGUACGGCUGGACAGGGUUGGAAGACUACCUGGGGGAAAGGCGCCAAUUGCUGAUAGAGGAGGCUGAACGGUCAGUCAUGGGAUACCGAUACCAAGAGUUCCAUGAUGGAGGCAGAGGACAUCAAUGGAUCAGCGUCUGGGAGGAAAAGUUUUACUGUGGCUUUUGA